AUGUCCUCUGCAAUCGAUGUGGACGUUCUCAACCAGCUGAAAGGUGAACAAUCGGAGCUCUUGGACAAAAUCGAUGAGCUACGGACCAUCGGUGUCGGGGGCCUCGUGGAGCUCCCUCAAAUCGUUGUCUGUGGAAACCAGUCUAGUGGGAAAAGCUCCGUCCUGGAAGCCAUCUCCAGAGUGAGAUUUCCUGCCAAAAGCAAUGUCUGCACCCGGUUUGCGACCGAAAUUGUUCUUCGACGACACUCCUCCAAUAGAAUCAAAGUUUCCAUCGAGCCAGGGCAUUCCAGAAAGGACGCAUCAGAGCGGGAGAAACUCCGUGCCUUCACGUCAGAGUCGUUUUCCUCCGGCGAAGACCUUCCCGCUUUGAUUGAAUCGGCGAAAGAGUGCAUGGGGCUUUCUAGCACUGAUAACCUAGCCUCUAACUCUGGUUUCAGCGACGAUGUGUUAAAAGUCGAGAUUUCAGGCCCCGAUCGGCCAGAGUUGACCCUUGUCGAUCUUCCCGGCCUCUAUUACUCUACGAGCGAUGAUCAGGGUGAGCCGGGAAUGGAGAUAGUCGAGAAGCUCACCGAGAAAUACAUGAAGAGCUCCCGCACAAUUAUCCUGGCUGUGAUUAGUGCUCGGAAUGACUAUCAUAUCCAGAAAGUAUUGAACAUCGCGCAAAAGUUCGAUCCCAAGUAUGAGAGAGUACUUGGAAUCGUGACCCAGCCUGAUAUCCCCGAAGCCGGAUCAGACGACGAGGAGUACUAUUUGCAACUCAUCAGGAAUGAGAAAGUCAAAUUGCAACUCGGGUGGCAUGUACUGCGCAACCGCUCUUUCGAGACGAUGAAUGUUUCCGACGAUGCCCGUGACGUGCAAGAGAAGGAUUUCUUCGACGCGGGCCGCUGGGCUUCUCUUCCACGCCGUCAAGUUGGAAUCGAAAGUCUCAGACAUCGUCUCAGUACCAUCCUCCUUGCACAUAUCCGUCGAAAUCUCCCUGGCCUUAUCCUAGACAUACAGGACAAGAUCCUACGCAACGAGCAAGAGCUUACAAAACUGGGUACAUCCCGAACGAGCGUUCAGGAACAACGUCGAUUCUUGGUUGAUAUUAGCAGCAAGUUUGCUCGUAUCACAAACGAGGCAUUGCACGGGUCGUAUGUCGGUGAGUUCUUCGACAAUUACAAAAAUAAUACGGCAAACAGCAAGGAAUUCCCCUUCCGUCGUCUGAGAGCGAUCGUUCGUGAGCUUAACGAGUGUUUUGCUCACGCGAUGAACGUUCGCGGAUCUCAGCGGAUCAUUGAAUACUCGACGAUUCCUCCAUUUAAUUUCCUCAACGAGAUGUCCAAGCCUUAUAUGGAUGGCUGGACUCCGACUUACAUCACGCUGGAGUCACUGAAAGAGGAACUCAAAGAGCAAGCGCGCCAAAAUCGAGGCAUUGAGCUACCCGGAAACGCAAACCAAUUUCUGGUUGGCAAGGUGUUCAGAGACCAAUGCAAGCCUUGGAAGAAGAUUGCUGAAACCCAUCUCUUGAACGUCUGGAGCUCGGCGGAGUACUUCGUUCAGCUCGUGCUCCAGUACCUUAUCGAUGACCACACUCGCGCUUCACUCAUGCGGCACCUUAUUUCACCCGAGCUGGAGAAAAUGAAGGAGAAUUUGAUGGCGAAACUUGAGGAACUCAGUUCAUACUACAACCGUGGGCACCCACUUCCUGUGGGAGACUCGUUCCUCACGAGAAUGCAAGAGUCCAGGAAAAAGCGUCAACUCGCCACAUUAACGGAAAGCCUUGGCGUGACCGUAGGUGGUGUUUUGAACAGUGGGGACUUGGAGCAAGCAGCCGACAAAUUACACUCAUCUAAUGACGAGUUCGGUGUCGAAGAGAUCAUUGAACAGAUGCAGGCAUACUACGACACCACAAUCAUAACUUUCGUCCAGAACGUCGCGAUCCUCGGAAUUGAGAAUUGCCUCCUCUCGCCUCUGGAGGAGAUAUUUUCCAGUCAGAUAGUUGUUGGCAUGGAUGACCAGCAAAUCCAGAAAAUUGCGGCUGAGCCUUCUGAGACUCAAAGGGAGAGGAGUCGUCUCAACGAGGAACUACAGAAGCUACGACUGGGCAGAGAGACCCUGGACGCCUACAGGCCGAACGAGAUAUCACUGCCAGAGCCCCCUACACUUGGUAUACCUUUCCCAGCUCGGACAUGA